AGAAAAUAUAUUUCUUUAAUUUUGAAUUUGGCGCGCUUCGCGCGAUCUAUGGUAAAAAGUCAAAGUUUUUGUCUAUAGUUGGUUUUAUAGGUUAUGAAAAUUGGCAUGUGGUGUUACGAGAAGAAAACUUUAUGUGAGAUAUAUUUUGUGAUAAAACGAUUGGAAUUGGUGGAAAAAUAAACUUUGAAUGUCGUUUCUUUGUUUUCAGAAGCAACACAUGAGUUUAUUUGAAUCCUAGACUAUAAGAUAUAGUCUUAUAAAACGACAUUUUCGUUUAUUGAAAUACCUAAAUGGAAAAAACGAUGGAUCAGCUACGUUUCGAAUUUGCUAUAUUACCAGCUAAGGAUGGGAAAUCAAAUGUCUGUUGUGUAACCUCAAUAACAACAAAAGAUGAAAAAGUGUUUGUUAUACCAGAAGAAUUACAGCCUGCUAGUCUUCAUAAAGAGUUAAUACAGACAGCUGCGUUCACUAAAGUGAAAAAUAGUUUAAAGAAAAGACAUCAGACAAGAAAAGUUUGGAUAACAAUGACAGAUGAACUAAGAAAAGUGUACAUAGAUGAAGAUGGUAAUGUACAAUUUGGAGAGCAGUAUCUAGAAGAAAUUGAACAAAAGCAAGCAUCUGGAGGAUUAGAAAAAAAUACAGAUUCAUUGGAAAAAUUAUUUGCAAAAUUGAUUGAGAACACGCAAGAUCUAAAAAAACAGAAUCUAAAAUAUAUUGCAGAGAAGUUUGUGAUUGAAAAAUUUACAAGUAAAAAUACAAACCCAAACCAGUGGAUUGAUACUUUUGAAAAGGAAUGUUUACGUUUUGAUAUUUUGGAAGAUGAGAAAAAAAUUGAAAUAUUAAGACUAUUCAUGGAUAAAAGUUGUGUUGAUUGGUACAGUUCUAUGAUUAUAAAAUUAACACUAAACUCUGACUGGCAGAUAUGGAAAAAUAAGUUCUGUGAAUCAUUUGCGAAUCAAGGCUGGAACCAAGUGACUUAUGCCCUAUUAUUUAAAUACAAGGAUGGUUCAUUGGUGGACUAUGCUAUAAAAAAGGAAAAACUUAUACUGGACAUGAGGCGAUCAAUAGAUACAGGUACUCUGGUGGAUCUAAUUGCUGCAGGUUUGCCUGGAUUUGUACUUGAGAAGAUAAAUAGAGAAGCAAUGAAGGAUACAGUAGACUUAGGGUCUGUUUCAGAAUGUAUGGAUAAAGUUCCAAAUAACUAUGUUACACAUAAAUUAUUCGGAUGA